AUGGCUACCAUAUCUUUGAACGCCGCUGUGUGCCCGGCUAACUGUUUUAUUCUUUGGCAGACCGGAAAGCUUUGUCCUGAAACUUCCAGCCGUUUCCUCACGCGUUCUUUCUUCCAGUUAUCCUUGCCUUUGACAAGGAACAGGCGAACAAUCGGAACAAAGGCCACCAUCACAUCUUUCGCCUCGCGAGUCGCGACCGACACGCGGCGCACCAUGCUCAAAAAGUGGCAGGCACUGGGUCCUACCAAGGAUGAUGCUGCAGAGCGUAGUACAAUGCAGGGCAAGGGGAUGAGCGGAGUCGCAAAUUGCACCUGCGUGUGCUGGCAAGGACAAGACCGCCAUGUCGGGCGAAGCCUGCUGCUACGCGAAGCCGCUGCGCUACCCGGACAACUGCUUCUCUUCGCUGUAGUCGAAUGCCGUAUCUCGGGGUCCGGCUUGUACUUCGUGUCCAGGAACGCUAAAGCUUCGGAACCAAAGUUCGAGAACUCCAGGUUCACUUUGACCAAGACGUGUCGCUCCAAAGACGCGGAGACUGUGCUUUUGGUAUGUGCGACAAUUAGCCAAAUCCAAGACAAUUCUCGCAGUCAAUUUGCCAGUGUUGUCACUUCGAACAUUUCGCAAAUCACAGGCAGCACGUCCGCCGUUGUCCAGGGCUUCGGUUAUAACUCUGCAACAACUGCACCGCCUUUGAGACCAAGACACUUCGAAAGGCAUGCCACGCACGAACAAGACGAUAGCGCAGUACACGUCCCGCACGCUAUGGAGACCGCCACUGAUGACGCGAGAUAGCGCCGGUCGCGGGUCCCAACGGCUACACUGAGCACCAUAGCGCACUCUGGGACUAAGAGCCGUGCCGCCAUGAUCGCAAUGAACGAGAUGGUCAUCGGGAGACACUGGGACUCAGAAGGCCGCAGCUGGCGCGCACCCCUAUGACCAUCUCGGCCGCGUCG